AUGAGAGGUAUUGAUUUCAACAUCGUUACACUGGUGUUCUACAUCCCUUAUAUCCUGUUCGAGAUCCCUGCAAACAUGAUUAUCUCAAGAAUCAAGCCAAGGUACUGGAUUGCUGGCUUGACCUUUGGCUUGGGCUUGACGGUCACCCUUGCUGGACUCUGCAAGAACUUCGGUGGUUUCCUUACUGCCAGACUAUUCAUAGGCGUCUUUGAGGCCGGGGUGUUUCCCGGGUUCCUCCUCCUGAUAGGCUCAUGGUACACCCGCCGCCAGGUCGGUGCACGCCUGACCUGGUUCUUGGUCGCCAAUGACAUUGCUGGCUCGAUCUCGGGCCUUCUCGGCGCCGGUAUAGGCUCUCUAGACGGUGCAAAUGGCUACUCUGGCUGGUCAUGGAUCUUUUUCAUCGAAGGGACCAUGACCUGUCUGGCUGCGAUCCUCGCUUUUCUCUUCAUACUGCCCUUCCCUAAAGAAUCGACCUUUUUGAAACCAGAGGAAAAGGAAUAUCUCCUACGCAAGCUUGCCAUUGAAAACGCCCAUAACGAGGAGGACAAAAUGCAUCUCAAGAGUAUGUACUUGGCAGUCUGCACUUCGGCAUAUUCAGUCACUGUCUUCCAGCCUUCGAUCCUGACCACAUUUGGCUGGAGCAGUAUGAAAUCCAAUCUCCUAACCUCGCCUGUCCGCAUUGCCUCCGGUAUCGUCUCGGUCUCCGUGGCUACUCUCUCCAACCAUUUGAACAGACGCGGCAUCUUCGUCGCCAUCGGAUUUCUCGUUUCGAUAUUCGGUCUCUUCUUCACCAUGCUUUCCCACGACUACCGCUUAAGAUACAUGGACCUAUGCUUUGCCGCCCUCGGCAUAUAUAUUGCACAACCAUUGGUUAUAGCUUGGGGUGUGGCCCAAGUUGGUGGCGAACCAAAAGAGGAACACUCACUGCCUGCGCGUCUUCUCUGGGCCAAGUUGGGGGCAUCAUUUCUGCCUUGA